UAUAAACAUAUAAAAUAAGCAAGGUUAAGGUCUGUUUAGGUCAAUAACCUAUAUAAUAUACCUAACUACUAUAACUAAAAAACCUUGUUAUUCAGUUUACGCCAUAGAAUCAUUUACCCCCUUAACUUUUCUUUAGCAAAUAUUAAACUUUCUAGGCCAGUUCUACUUAGGAAUAAUGGGCAAAAUAACUUACCUAAAAAUCAAGGCUCGUCUAGAAAAUGUGGAAGAACUAAAACCCAACCCAGAUCAUUCCUUCGCUUUAAAGCUAAAGUGUUCAGCUUGUGGUGAGAUAUCUGAUAAGUGGCAUGACGUAAAUGAAUCCGAUAAAUUCCCUGGGAGAACUGGACGCUCUGAGCACCACUAUGUAGGAAAGUGUAAAAUGUGUGGCCGGGACAAUACUUUAGAUAUUGUUCAGGGUAGCAUUGCUUCUUACAGAAAUGAAGACAGUGAAAAUUUCAAAUCAAUAAUAUCCUUUGAAGGAAGAGGACUUGAAGUUGUAGAUUAUCAACCAGGAGACAAUUGGUGUGUUAAAGUAGAUGGCAGCAGUAAAAUCUUUAGUGAUGUAGAUUUAAGUGAAAAAGAAUGGGUGGAAUACGAUGAGAAAAUACAAGAUUCUGUCGGAGUGUACGAUUUAGAACAUUUAAUUGAAUGAGUAGUUUAAGAGUGGGAAAUAAAGCUUGUUAGGAAUAUGUUUUUUUUUUCUAAUAAAGCAAAAAGUAUUUA